GAUUAGAAUCCGUUUGUAAAUUUAUUUUGACCAGAUUAAUGGGAGAGAAAUUGUAAACACGGCGGAGGGAUUUGAAACAACGUGUUGUGCUGUUCCGGUCGACUGCUCCGGUUGACAUUAGAUCGGUGUAUCGCUCCCACAAACGCAGUGUCUGUUCAUUUUACAUCGAUGAUACACUUAACGGCACAAUAUGGUAUCGCUGCUCUAUUGAUCUGCACACGGAAACUGCCCUGUGUAGAUUUUUUUCUGCGUUAUGGAGUAAACGAAAAAAAUUUUUAACACCGUUAAGGAUUUAAUAUUGUGACAAUGCACACGUGGGUGCUUUCUCUCAUCCUUGCCCUGAACUGUGGUCUAGUCCCGGGGGUAAGGGGACAGAUUUCUCAUCGUCACGCACGUUGCGAGAGAAUCACCAUACCUAUGUGUAUGGACAUGAGAUACAACUUAACAAGAAUGCCGAAUUUAAUUGGACAUACAAAUCAAAAAGAUGCAGCUAUACAGGUGCAUGAGUUUACACCUUUGGUUCAAUUUGGAUGUUCGAGACUGUUAAGAUUUUUUCUGUGUUCUCAGUUCGCGCCAAUGUGCACUGAAAUGGGAGACGAAACACUUAUUAUUCCAGUUUGUCGCUCCAUGUGUUUAGAAGUUAAAAGUAAGUGUGCACCGAUAUUGACUAAAUUCAGUUUUGAGUGGCCUCCAAUGUUAGACUGCUCUAAACUGCCUCAAAAAGAUGACCCCAAGCCAAAUAACCUGUGCAUGGAAGCUCCGAAUAUGACGGAUGACCCACAAAUUACGGACGGGGCCGGGAUCUUUGACAAAGAAAAGGACCCGGCAGAUUGGAUCAACAUCUUAACGAAAAUAAAAGUAUCUAAGCCGUCGAUCGGAACGAAAAGGAAGGUCGGAUCCUUAGAUUCCAAUAAAAUUUUUCCGAAGGUUCCCAUGGAGAAGACCUGUCCGGACCGAUUUGUCCGAGUGGACACGGGGGCGGACAAUUCGACGUGUGCCGCCCGGUGUAACGUUGACGUGAUGUUCCGGCAGGCGGACAAAAAGUUCGCCGAAUACUGGACGGUGGGCUGGGCGUCUCUCUGUUGUUUAUCCACCGUCUUCACCGUUCUGACUUUUGUCAUCGACACCAGUCGUUUCAAAUACCCGGAACGGCCCAUCAUCUUUUUAUCCAUGUGCUAUGCCAUUUACUCGUUCGCUUUCUUCAUCCGAGCCAUAACGGGCCCUAAUGCCAUUUCAUGUGACAGGACCAUUGAUGGAACGGAGUUUAUAAUUCAGGAAGGCUUGGACAGCACCUGGUGUAUCAUUGUGUUCCUCAUCAUGUAUUUCUUUGGAAUGGCUAGUCAACUUUGGUGGGUUAUUCUCACUUUAACUUGGUUUCUGGCUGCAGGGCGUAAAUGGGGACAAGAGGCAAUAGAGACCCUUAGCAGUUAUUUCCACAUGGCCGCUUGGGCCAUCCCGUCCAUAAAGACCAUAAUUAUUUUGACCAUGAGGAAAGUGGACGGGGAUGAAUUAACGGGUCUGUGCUAUGUAGGAAACCAAGACAUUAAGGCAUUAACGGGAUUUGUCUUAGCACCUCUGAUUGUGUAUUUGCUCCUUGGAACCUUAUUUAUUCUGUCUGGAUUUGUGUCUUUAUUUCGCAUCAGAAACAAUCUCAAACAGGAUGGAACCAAUAUUCGCAAAUUGGAAAAACUUAUGGCCAAAAUCGGCAUUUUCUCAGUGUUGUAUACGGUGCCGGCCACUUGUGUGAUAGGGUGUUAUUUCUAUGAGAGAGUGAAUUAUGAUGUGUGGUUAACAGCUUCAAAACUGCUAAGUUGUGGUCGAACUGAAGAAGGGGGCACAGACUGUGGGCUUACUCAGUCUAUCCCCCAAGUGGAAGUGUACAUGUUAAAGAUUUUCAUGUCUCUUGUGGUAGGCAUAACAAGCGGCAUGUGGGUGUGGAGCUCCAAGACUCUCAACUCCUGGAAAACUUUCUUCUCCAAUCGCUUCACCCGCCGGAAAUCUAAUCUCGGGGGCAGUGGUAACAUCGGGUACCACCCGGCCCCAGUGAUUGUGAUGAAACCACACCAUGGACCCAAAGUCUCCUCAAAAUCUUCAGGGUCCAGGGUCUAAGAUAACGCGUAAUGAUUAUUGAAAUUUUUAUUAUCAUUUUAUUUUUUGUCUUUCAGGAACUUCUUUUGUUUACUUUUAUAGAACAAGUGUUCAAUGCAUUAUUCAAUGGACACACUUAUUUUUUUCCAUCAAGUUUCCACUUUAUUAGAAAUUGGGGAAAAAUCCUCGCGCUGUAUUAAUAUUAAGUUACAAUUUCUAAAAACAUUUGUUCGGGACAAUCCACAAUAACGCUUGUUAAAAAAUAGUGUCUUCAUUAUUAUUGAAAAACUCGUUAACAUUUUUUGCACGGUGUUGUUCAAGUCUAAUAGCAAGGUUUGUGUUCAAGAUCCAUUUCAAAGAGGGAAUACUGAAUAGAUAGUUUACAAGCACCUUUAAUCAAAGCCUCAGAUUACAUUUGAAAAUUACAGCUUGGGGUUAGCACAAUGGCGAGGUCGGGAAGGGUCCCUGGAUAUGGGCUAUGUACAGCAAUAUCGAAUGUACUCGCCGCGAAUCCUAUUGGUAACUCGAGCCGGGUAUGCUUAAAUACCCACAAUGGAAAGAUACUUAGACAACUAGGCAAUAACAGAACACUACUCGUUAAUUGACCGCUUGAUGAUAACAUUUUUUUUUUCAGAAAAAAAAUUUGUCAAUUGCGGAUCAAAAUCUAAUUAUUUCACGAUUGAAUUUCAAAUUUUCUAGUCAGUGCUAAAAGAAAUCAAGUCUGUUGAUUUCUAGCAAGUUAUUAUACUGUUUUCUUUAAAAUUCAAUAUGUAAAUUUAUCUAUUUACCAUUCCAUUGUUCUGACAGUUUUUCUAUCGUAAAUGAACGUGAUAUGAAUUAAUUACCUCUUACAAAACAACUUAAAAAGAAUUCCGUGUAAAUUCAUUACAUUUUAUUUGCGGAAAUAAUUCUUCUUCAACUAGAAAUUAAUUUACCUGUACUGCUUUGCAGAACUACUUUCGACUAACAGAUAAUAUUCCAUAUAUUACACACUUUUUUGGAAAUGUCCCAAACGCAUGUUUUUAAUUUUAUUUUAUUUUUUACUUCUGAACCAAAAAAUCGUUUGAAAUUUUUAUUUGUCGUUUUGUUCCUUUAAUUUGCCUAUAUUUAAUGUUACCAAAUGGUGUAACACUGUCAUUGUUGGUAUUGUAAGAAAACAAUAUUGUUACAAUAAAACAGAAACUUUGAA